GUCAUUUACUGAUGAAGUUAAGUAACAGUUAAGUCCAAGUUUGUUACAGUGUUAUUUAUGAAUUUCAUUUAAGUGGGAUACUAAAUUCUCAGGUGGGAUACCAGAUUUUGAAAUGUUAGUAUCCGACUGGGAUACUACCCAAAUGUUUUAAUCUCGAACACUGAUAUGUAUAGUCUGUACUAUAAAUGUUUGUGUAUUCUUUCAUUUUCAGAUCAACAUGGAAUCAACAACACAAUCAACUUAAUUAUUGUCCAUCACUGACAUACCUGUAUCUGUACCUUGACAUUCAUCUUAUUCAAACAAAGACUCUUUGAUGCAUAUCCCAUUUACAUUAUGAGCAAACAGAGUCACACAUUUGAUAUUGAAGACUUUCAUCCAGGUAUGUCAAAACCUCCGCAUCAUCGGCAUUUCGGUGACCAUGCACAUGAUCCUGUGGCUAGAGAUUCUUCAGAUUCUCCGUUCAGACCCAUAAUUAUGCCGUCCACGUCUGGUUCUCCUGGUCACAGGGUCAAUCAGUGGACGCUGGACAUGUCGGAAGACAGUAAGUCUUCCAGACUCGAUGAGAUCCACCAUGGUGAGACUCGAGCUCCACCAGAGUCAGAAAGAAAACAAUUGAAAAAGGGAUCCUCAAGCGAAGAAGCAAGUCCACAUCACCAGCAUAUUGAGAUGACUCCUACGGUAGCCAGUGUUUCCCCCAGCCCAAGGCACGACAAGCAUCUCGAGUCAGUGUUGACAAUGCCCCCAAGUGCACCUCGAGCACCCAGGUACGAGCGACACAAUACUUACGAUGAGAUGCUUGACAACAUGGACCUGACCGAUCCAUUCAAAGGAGACUAUCAGCCGCCUGAUAAACAUAAAUUAUCGAAGAUUCCUAAACCAAAAAAGCACAAAAAACGAUCAUCGAGGAAUCUUAUGGGAGAACAAGGUGAUGGCGUUCAUACUCCCAGUGAACACAAAGAGAGCAAACAUGGAGUGGACGACUCAGAAGUGAGGAGGUUGAAGAAGAAGAAAUGGAAACCAGCUAGUGAAUCGCUUAACAGCACGACUACUUACACUGUAGAAAAAGGAGUAGAUAAUCCGGUGUAUAAGGCAGACAGCCGUAAGAAUUCUGGUGCUAAGGGGGCAGAUACCUAUUCCCUUCACAGCACGGGUACUUACACUCUGCAGUCUUCCGAUAAUGAUGCCGAAAUCAGCUUUGGGGAAAGUUUCAGAACAGGGCUAAGCAGAAAGCUGAAAAGAAUUGAAACCGUCCAGAUCUCCUCCAGAGAUUUGCCGACAAAGAGAAGGCUAGAUAACGGCAAGAUUGCAGAUUUCAUUAGCAGUAACAUAGAUCAGAGAGAAUGCAACCGGUAUGCAAGAAACAGUAAAUCAAGAAGUAACGCCUGCCAGUGUGGUCGUGAUUUUCACUGGCAUGUGGAUAAAGGCCUGGAGUGCAACAUUGAUACAGAUCAUGACUUCUGGCACCAAAAAACACACACCGAGACUAUGGCCUGUGAUUCCUUCGGGGAGAUCUUCUUUAGAGGUUUCGGUCAUGACACACGGAACUCUCCAUAUGUGCGACUUGAUAGUGUUACUGACCUUGAGAAUGUCUGGAAAAUACUUACCAAGUAUUGGCAUCUUCCGAUUCCAAAACUGCUAAUUUCCGUUACGGGUGGUGCCAAGCGUUUUGAGAUGAAACCACGGCUAAAGGACAUCCUAAAACAGGGCUUGUGUCAUGCAGCCGCCAGCACUGGAGCUUGGAUAAUUACCGGUGGUACAGGGACAGGAAUUAUGCAGAUUGUUGGAGAAGCGAUACAUGAAUACACGAUGGCCCAUGGCAUUCAAGACCAGAAGCUGGUGGCUCUUGGGAUAGCCACAUGGGGAAUUAUAUCCAACAGAUUCGCAUUAGAUGGAGAAGGCGACAUGGGCCUGUUUCCAGCAACCUAUGCCAUUGAAGAUGUCCAGGCUGACACACGAGGAGCCCCACUAGAUCACAACCACACUCACUUCAUACUCGUCGACAAUGGCACAGAGAACAUAUAUGGAGGGGAGAUCAAGUUCCGAACUGCCCUGGAAAGUUACAUAUCGAAAAAGGUGGAAACAGGAGUGGCUCAAAACCAGAGUGUUCAUGUUCCCAAUGUUCUCUUGGUUGUGGAAGGUGGAGUGAACACCAUGGCAACCGUCCGUGAGUCCGUCCAUCAACAGACACCUGUUGUUGUUAUUGAGGGAACGGGGAAGGCAGCUGACUUUAUCUCGCAGGGCUUCAGACAUAGUCAGCCGAAUAAGAAAGAUCCUGAGAAGACAGACUUUCCCAAGGAAUUUGAUGAAUACAUGAAAGAGAAGGCCCGGAAAAUGUUUGUUUGGGAUAAGCAAACUGAGAACGACAAGGAGAAAAAAAUCUAUGAAUGCCUUCAUAGCUUGAAAGAAUUGUUACAGUACAGGAGACUGAUUAAUAUUUUCAACCUUGAAUCAGCUUAUUCCAACAAGGAUAUUGAUCGAGCCAUUUUGUAUGCGCUACUUAAAGCCAACAAAUCCAAUGCUAAUUCCCAGCUUGCAUUAGCUCUUGCCUGGAAUCGCUGUGACAUUGCUAGAGAAGAAAUAUUUAGUAUAGAAAAUCGGAACUAUUGGAAGCAAAUUGACCUGUAUGAUGCCAUGGUGACAGCCCUAGUUGAAAACAAAGUGGACUUCGUACAGCUGUUUAUUGACAAUGGGGUGGACUUCAAGAAGUUUCUCACUGUUUCAACUCUGUGGAAUCUGUAUUGCAAUGUAAUCACUGACAAGACAGACACUCAGGCUGAGAUAUUCCGCAACCUCAUCGCCUACCUGAAGCAAACCUGGGCAUCAUAUAUCUUGUGUCGAUCGACGGGCAACUGUGAAAAUUAUCCAGACCUGUUGAGAUACGUCAGCAAAGUGGUAGUCUACUUGCUCAAGGAUCAAGCUGUGGAUCUCUAUUCAGAUUUUUUUGCAGAAGGAAGCUCCACUAACCGGAGAGUUAAAAGAAAGUUUAAAGAAAAGGCCGACUUUGAAAAUCCGGAACAGGAUCUAUUUAUUUGGGCCGUCCUCUUUAACCGCAAGGAACUGGCAGCUCUGUUUUGGCAGCUUGGGAAGAGUCAGUUAGGCUCAAGUCUGAUUGCGUCUGCUUUGCUGAAGGCUCUGUCCAAUGUUGCUGAUAACGAGGAGGAACUGGAACUUAGUGCUGAUCUCGCAGAUCACGCCGCCCUGUUUGAAGAGCGGAGCGUGGAGGUGCUGUCUGAGUGUUACCGUAGAGACAAGACGAUGUCUCACCAGCUGCUUGUCCGGGAACUGCCCUCGUGGGGCAGUCUGACGCUGUUCAGUAUUGCUGAUGCCCACAACAUGAUGGACUUCAUGGAACACUCGUCCUGUCAGACGAAACUCAACUUCAUCUGGAAGGGACAGAUGGCACUGUACACUUCAGAACUCAAGAUUCUGCUGUGCCUUUUCCUUCCAAUUUUCCUUCCAUUCAUCAAAUUCACCAGCAACACCAAAGCUAUUGACAUCAUUGAUGGGGAAGAAGAUGAGGAUGAUGAAGAUGAGGAAUGUCCAUCCAAGGUUGCUAUGGAGAGGUCAACAGGGGCCAGUAACAAGGUGGGACCCAACAGUGUGAAUAAUGAGGUGGAGUUUGCUCCAACAGGUUCGCCCCGAAAAGACAAAACCUCGAAGGUGAAACUUUUCAAAGUGGACAUGUUCGACUUCAGCCCCAACACAAUCAAUAUCUGGUCGGCCAUCUUGUAUUUCUACUCUGCACCAGUAACCAAGUUCUUUUUCAAUCUGCUUUCCUACUUGGUGUUCCUGGCCAUCUUUAGUUACUUUGUGUUGGUUGACCUUCGACCUGUGGAGGAACCCAAUUCUCCGUCAUUCUGGGAGUUCAUCACCUGGAUCUGGGUGGCAACCAUGAUGAUUGAAGAACUUAGACAGAUUUUCAUCCGAGAUGAGUGUUCAAUCAAGUACAAGAUACAGAACUGGUUCUCCAACAUGUGGAACCGGUUUGACCUGAUCAUGUACAGCAUGCUGAUCAUAUGCAUCAUCCUGCGCUUCAACCUGUUCACCACCACCUUCAUCUGGUGCCGCAUGAUGUACAGCCUCACCCUCAUCAUGUUCUACCUGCGCGCCAUGCAGUUCUUCUUCGCAGAGAAGAACAUGGGACCCAAAGUGAUCAUGAUACAAAAGAUGCUCACCGAUCUGAUGUUUUUCUUCCUCAUCCUGCUGGUCUUUGUGCUGAGUUUCGGUGUCGCGUACCACGUGAACAUGUUCCCCAACUCGCCCUUGUCAUGGUACAUCCUCAAAAACGUUCUCUUGAUGCCCUACCUGCAGAUGUAUGGAGAGCUCUUCUUAGAAAAUAUUGAGGGUGAAUAG